AUGAAGUACAUCAUCGAGCAUAUGGAGGAGGGGUUCUCUGAAUGGGUCAUUCUUGAGUAUUCCCAAAUUCUACGUGAUGUUGGUUCUGAAAAUCUCGUGUUGACGUCUUUGCCCGAAUCCACGACCGAGAAAGACAUCCCCCAACGUCUUCUCGAUUUGGGUUUACAAUGGACAACCAAGGAGUGUGUGACCAUCGAUGGUGGUUUGCAUAGCUCUAAAGUUUGCUUGCUUGACCCAGCCGCUGAGACUGAUUUGGUUCCAGAGGACGCCUCCAAAUUUGACUACUUUGUUUUUGGUGGCAUCUUGGGAUCGCACCCUAGAAUUGACAGAACAGGUUUGCUCAGAGACAAGUACGGCUUCAAUGGUCGCCGACUCGGUGCUUUGCAGAUGACAACCGAUACUGCCAUUAGAACCACUCAGCUCAUUGCCGAGAAACAGAGGAAGUUCGGUGACAUCAACUUCAUUGAUUACCCCGAGAUCAAGUUCAGCCAGUAUGAGUCGACGGAAAUGCCGUUCAGAUAUAUCGUUGACGAAAAUGGGGAACCAAUUCUACCAGAGGGAAUGCUUGAGUUGAUCAAGCAUGAUGCCGAACAAAGCAUUGACGACCUUUUAUUGGAAUAG